AUGGGGGUGCUAACACUAGAGGUGCUGAGCUUGGGGGUGUUGACGCUGGCGCAGAAGGCGCUGGAAGAGCUGGAGCUGGAGGUAUUGUUGCUGGAGGUGCUGGAGGUACUAGGGCUGGAGGUACUGGAGCUAGAGGUACCGGUGCUGCAGGUACUGGUGCUGGAGGUGUUGGAGCUGGAGGUACUAGGGCUGGAGGUACUGGAGCUAGAGGUACCGGUGCUGCAGGUACUGGUGCUGGAGGUACUGGAGCCGGAGGUACCUCAAGUUCUAGUGCUGGGGGUGCUACACAGCCUGUGCAACAGCGACCAUUUUUCUGGCCUCAGCCGGACUCGUCGCUACGACUGCCUGGCUUGGCGCUUCCCAAGGUUCUUAGUCUUCCGUCUUCCACUGGCCUUACUCCUCCCCUACUGUGUUCUCCGCCUGACCAAUCACAGCCACAGUUACAGCUUGACUCCCUACUACCGGCUCCUUCUCCGUACACUUAGCAGACUGAUUCCCAGAUACAGAGCGUCGUGA